AUGCACUCUUUCUCUCCCUCUCUACGUCCUUCUCUGUGCACUCUCUCUCUACCUCCUUCUCUGUGCACUCUCUCUCUCUCUGCCUGCCUCUCUACACAUCUCUCUCUGUCACUGUACACACCAUCUCUGCCUGCCACAAUAUACCUUUACACACACACACUGUCUGCCUUUCUACACACCUCUCUCCUUCUUCCUCCCUUUCUACACACCUCUCUCCUUCUUCCUCCCUUUCUACACACCUCUCUCCUUCUUCCUCCCUUUCUACACACCUCUCUCCUUCUUCCUCCUUUCACACCCCCUCUUCCUCCCUUUCUACACCUCUCUCCCUUCUUCCUCCUUUCCACACCCUCUCCUUCUUCCUCCCUUCCCACACACCUCUCCUUCUUCCUGCCUCUCUUCAAACCUCGCUCCUUCUUCCUGCCUCUCUUCAAACCUCUCUCUUUUCCAUCCUGGCUUGAGGCUUUUGGACAUCUAGUCACACUGAGGAGCUUUCUCUCUGUGUCUCUGUACACACCACCCUCUACCUACCAAAAUAUUCCUCUCUAUGUACACUUCUCUCUUUCUCCCUACCUCUUUAAGCACAUCUCUCUUUCUGCCUGCCUGUUUAAACACCUCUCCCUCUCUCUCUGGAUGACUAUCUGCUCACCUCUCUCUUUUUACUUGCCAUUUUACACAUCUCUCGCUCUCUCUGCCUCUCUACAUACUUCUCUUUCUGUCUGCCUCUCUAUGCACCUCUCUCUCUUUCCUUGA